GGCUGAAAGACUGUUUCUUGUACAAUACAAGCUGGUUCAGGGAGCCAGAUGAGGAGACUGACACCACAGACAGGCUCAUGAACUGGAGAAGGUUUCACAGUCACGACAGAUGGUCUGAUUUUCCUUCCAAACUUAUAUUUAUUUUUCUACAGGAAAAUGAGAAGGAAAUAAGUUUUUUUUUUGGUUUCCUCUGCUCUCUCUCCCUCAAGCCUCCUCAGAGCAGGCAAGGUAAAGGGAAGAAGAACCACAAAUGUUUUCUUCUCUGGUGGAGGAAGCGUUUGUUACUUUCCCCCUUCUAGUUUGUAUUUCUUUUCUGACUCCUUCAUUGUAGCUGACUGUGUGGGUGCGUGUGUGUGAGAGGGACAGAGAGAGAUCGAGAGAGAGAGAGAAAGACAGAGGGAUACAGGGCUGGUCAGCCUCAAAGUUUGCUGCAGUCUGAAGCCACCAGCUCUGCAGCCGUUCCCUCAGGCAGGAGCUGGUGCCCUGACUGUCUGGGACAGUUCCUGACUCCCCGCCUCUCUCCACCCCCUUCUGAUCCGCACUGCAGGAGAGGGAGCAGCUCGUCACGCCCAGAGACACUGCUGGACAUCCUGCCGUCCCUCAGAGGAAGUCUUUCCAAAAGAGGGAAGACAUUGCCUCACAGGGCAAAGAAGCUUUGGGAACCGACCUUUACUGUGGCAGCUCCUGCCCCGUUACUUCUGCAAGCUGGACAAUCAAGGAAAGGGAAAGUGAUAAAGGCAUGUAAAUGGACCUGCGUGGAUUAUGGACUUGGUGAGGUGCAGCAUGUCUCAAUAUGCCAACAUGACGGCUCUCUACCAAGAUUUUGUUAACGCCAACAGCAGCAUCCCUCAGACUAACACCAGCAUUCUGCGGUGCUCAGAGGUAGCUGCUCCAUCAGCCAAGUCUGUCGCCAUCCCCAUCUUCUCCAUGACACUGGGCGCUUUGUCGAACAUCAUCGCUCUUGUAAUCCUGAUCAAGUCUUACGCCAGGUUCCGAAGGAGGUCUAAAGCCACCUUCCUGCUCUUUGCCAGCAGCCUGGUGCUGACGGACUUCGCUGGGCACAUCAUCCCGGGCGCACUGGUCCUCCGGCUCUACUCCGAGGGAAUAGACAGUGAGGGUCCUAUGUGCCAGUUUUUGGGGAGCUGCUUGGUGUUUUUUGGCUUGUGCCCGCUCUUCCUGGGUUGCAUCAUGGCAAUUGAGCGCUGCGUGGGUGUGACUAGGCCCCUGCUCCAUUCGGCGGUGGUGACUUCCACCAGGACUAAGCUAACGGUUGUCGGCCUCUGGCUGGUGGCUGGUUUUGUCGCUUUUCUGCCCUUCAUGAGCUUUGGAAGUUAUGGCGUCCAGUGGCCAAGGACAUGGUGCUUCAUCAGUGUGGGCCCCAACCCCCUCUGGACCGACUACGCCUUUACCCUGCUUUUCUCAUUCCUGGGAGUGAUGGCCCUUUUAAUAUCUUUGAUCUGCAACACCAUCAGCGGAGUGACACUCAUCCAGGCCAGGAUUAAAAAGCAGAAUUUUAACCGGAGGACCAAAUCCCACGACAUUGAAAUGGUUGUACAGCUGAUUGGGAUAAUGAUGGUCUCGUGCAUCUGCUGGAGCCCUCUGCUGGUAAUUGUUGGUUUAAAUCGAAUCCAGAAUGUUAAGGAAGACGGCUGGUCAAGUUUCCUUGGGGUCCGCAUGGCUUCCUGGAAUCAGAUUCUCGAUCCCUGGGUCUAUAUCCUGCUCCGACGUGCAGUGCUAAGGAAAAUUUACAAAAUGUUCGUAAGGAAGACUGACUUCAAUAAGAGCAAGUUCGACCGCUGGGAGGUCAGCUCUUUUCAGAGUUCUGAGCGCAGUGUCGUCAACAGGUUUUGAACGAGGGCUGGAAAGGAUAUUUGAAGGGAUUGGUCAUGAAUCCAGAGGGGCCUGGUUCAAUGGCUGGACCAGAAGACCCCUUCAAAGGCUGCUUUGGAUGGGCAAGAUGCGGAGAUGGCACUAGAGGAAGGGGAUUGGUUGGAAAAGGACUUGAUCCCUCAGGGGGAUCUUUGCAGCUGUUGGCUGGCAGUUUUCAUAAACAAAUGAUCCCUUUAACCCAUUGGGAUCCUACUCAGAUCAACGAAUCUUGUGGAUUGAGAAAUUCAGUCUGAAAUAGAUUUAAUAUACCUCAAGUUACAGAGGACUGGAUCCGAUCUAUAGUCAGCAGCAUCGGCAGCUAGUAGAUGGAAUGAUGCACGUAACCAGAUCAAAAUCCUUCUGGUUUAAUAUAUUGCAAUGAAGUGACCCAUCCCUUUGUCUUUAGUUGAUGUGAACAACACUCGAGCAUCAACAAGGUUCCUUUUUGUGUUAAAUGGGAUUUGGGGAGGGCGACUAUGUGUUAGUGACAGGUUAGGAAGGGCCUUGAAGCAGUGACUGAUCCUAAACGCCAGUAACUUGAUGGGAAAGUGAGUGCAGGGAAGGCCACCUGCUCACAGGCUGAGAGUUCAAAGUUGUUCUGGUUCCCCUCAAAUCAGCCAGGCUACAUUAUGCUGCUGUCCGGUUGGAGGGAACCCCUUUCCCUGAGCAAAGCCAAUCCCUGGAGUAAAAGACAGCCUGCAGGGCGAUUCCCCACGCAACAUUCUCCUGGCUGUUUCACUUGGUGGGGUGGAGAGUUUUCAGGCGUCUCCACAGGAUCUCAUGUGAAAGGGGAAGAGGGGGGAGUAACGAAUAAGCAUCGAGUGUAAAAACAAAACAAAAAAAAAAAAUCCUGUCCAGCACAUGGAAAAAAAGCAGAAAGAAGCAGAGCGUGUAACUGCAGCAAGGGCAGCUAAACCACCACCAGCUGGAGAAAGUAGUUAACAAUAUCACAUUGGCAUUCUGCAUGCAAUGCUGUUUAGUGUUGUAACUGUGCGACAAAGAAUUCCCAGGCUUUUGUGUCUGUUUUCAGGGGACAAUGUAACAGUGGCUGUGCUAGAGUUCCCCAAAAUCAAAAAGAUUGCAACACCGGGGUUUUACAUCCAAUGUUAGUAAUCCUCUCCUGGGUUUAGCUAUUAGCAUGAAUUGAGGCAGAAGCACUGAACAGGUCUGUUUCAUUGCUGGAGCUACAAUAGUUUUUGAAGUUUUGUUGGAAUUCUGUCCUUUGCUGUGACUGUUCUUGAAUUUUCUGCCCCCUGUUGUACACCUUCAGUUGCUGGGUAAUUGUUUGGAUGUUCAUGAGUAGUUUUUUAAAGAAAUAUCUUCCCGUGCUUUUUAGCUCCAACACCUCUUUGCAUUGUGCAAACUCUCCUGUAAAUGAAUAAGCCCUAGACAGGCUUUGCUCCGCUCUGGUCUGUGACCAUGGCUACUGGGAGAUGGAUGCGUGGGGGCCAAGGUUACUCUCUCCAUCGGGGAACCUGUCCAUGAGCUUGACUCGUGUCCUUCCAUUGAGGUGUCCCCAAUGACCCAAAUCCGAGUAGAGUUUGGGAUGAGGUAGGAGCUUCACAUGAGCAAUGCAGACGGGUUAAAAACUCUGAUGUAUCUGGGUCUGCCGAAGAUAAUUGUGACUCCCUAAUGCUUCGUGACGCAUACACUCCCCACUCCAACUCAUCUUGCGGAGAUCUCUUGAAGGAAGAUAAAAACCAAGAACAAUUUGGGAAUUCCCUCUCCUACACAGGCGAAUAAAACCAUCACACUGGCCAUGAACUCCCUGGAGUAGUUUUGUAAGAGGUGAUGUCCAGAUGUACUUCCGCCUGUUAAUGUUUGAAGCAACACAAUAAUAUAGCCAAAUAGCUUAAAACCUUACCUUGUCACCCCGUUGCUAAUAUCAGCUUUAGUAACCUCCAUUCAUUGGUUCUGCUAUCUGGGUCCAAUGACAUUAAAUCCUUUAACUUGCAGAAACCUUCAAUAAGAGGUGCUUUUGCGCAUGAUAGCAUAAGGGACAGCAACCUUCUCAUCCUUAUUAAAAGACCAUAAGACGUAGGAGCAGAAAUUAGGCCAUUCGGCCCAUCGAGUCUGCUCUGCCAUUCAAUCAUGGCUGAUAAGUUUCUCAACCCCAUUCUCCCGCCUUCUCCCAAUAACCUUUG